AUGGCGACGACAGCAAGACAUGUGCGGCGGUGCAUGCCAAACCUCAACCUCCUCUCUCCAGCCAGGACACGACAGGCCGUGGCAGCAGGAGCAGCAUCAUCAUCAAGAGCAACAGCCUGCGGCUCCAAGCUCUACCCAACCGCCGACGACGCUGUAGCCGACAUCCAAUCCGGCUCCACCAUCCUGUCCUCAGGCUUCGGCCUCUGCGGCGUAGCCGAAACCCUCAUCACGGCCCUGCACCGCCGCGGCAAGGACAGCCUGCACUCCCUGACCGCCGUCUCCAACAACGCCGGCGUCGAGGGCAAGGGCGGGCUCAGCGUGCUUACCAAGGAGGGCCAGGUCGACCGCCUCGUGCUGUCGUACCUGGGCAGCAACAAGGUCCUCGAGAAGAAGUACCUGACGGGCCAGAUCGCCAUCGAGCUCUGCCCCCAGGGCACCCUGGCCGAGCGCCUCCGCGCCGCCGGCUCCGGCAUCCCCGCCUUCUUCACCGCCACCGGCGCCCACAGCCUGGUGCAGUCGGGCCAGAUCCCCGUGCGCCUGGAUGCGUCGGGCCGCGUGCUCGAGUCGGGCAAGCCGCGCGAGACCCGCAUCUUUGGCGGCAAGACGUACCUCAUGGAGACGGCGCUGCCCGGCGACGUGGCCAUCCUGCGCGCCUGGAAGGCCGACACCGCGGGCAACUGUGUGUUUCGCUACACCACGAGGACCUUUGGCCCCAUCAUGGCGAAGGCUGCUGCGCUGACCAUUGUCGAGGCCGAGAAUAUUGUCGAGGUCGGCGAGAUUGGCCCUAUGGAGGUGGAUCUGCCUGGCAUCUUUGUCGACAGGAUCGUCCCGGCCACGGCGGAGAAGACGAUCGAGCUGAUGAAGCUGCGGGAGGAGAACACAGACUCGUCCAAGGCGGAAGCAGAGAAGAGCCCUGCGGUCCUGAGGAGGGAGAGGAUUGCGAGGAGGGCGGCCAAGGAGUUGAAGGAUGGAUACUAUGUGAACCUGGGUGUGGGUAUUCCCACCCUGGCGCCAAGUUUCCUACCAGAGGGGCAGAAGGUGUGGUUGCAGAGCGAGAAUGGUAUCUUGGGCAUGGGACCAUAUCCUACAGCGGAUGAAGUUGACCCCGACAUCAUCAAUGCCGGCAAAGAAACAGUCACCCUCCUCCCCGGCGCCGCCACCUUCGACUCCUCCGAGUCCUUCGGCAUGAUCCGCGGCGGCCACGUCGACGUCUCCAUCCUCGGCGCCCUCCAGGUCAGCGCCGCCGGCGACCUGGCCAACUACAUGAUCCCCGGCAAAGUCUUCAAGGGCAUGGGCGGCGCCAUGGACCUCGUCUCGAACCCAGACCAGACCAAGAUCGUCGUCGCCACCGACCAUGUCGCCAAGGACGGGAGCUCCAAGAUUGUCGAGCUGUGCACGUUGCCUCUGACGGGCGCGCGGGUCGUGAGCACUAUUAUUACUGAUCUGUGUGUCUUCCAGGUCGACAGGGAGGUGGGCGGGCUGACCUUGACCGAGCUGGCACCAGGCGUCGAGGUUGACGAGGUCAAGGCCAAGACGGAUGCCAGCUUCAAGGUUGCUGAUGACCUGCUGCAGAUGGAGUAA